AUCUGUACCCACACCACGCACCACACACACCCUGUAUCCACACAUCACCAGCACUUCCCACCUCUCCACCAACACCUCAUCACCGAACUCAGCUCUUCACCACCCAACUCUUCGCUCCCAAACAACUCCAAACCUGCCCACGAUGAGCACCACCUCUAUCAAGACUUACUCGCCCACCAACUCCACUCUCGACCUUUCGUCGACUCCCCCCACGCUUGACACCAGCAUCUCCUUCGACGACAUGUCGUUCUUUACUUCCAAGGAGGACAGUGACUCCUCGUCGACCAUCAAGAACGAGAGCGAGGCCUCGUCGACCACCAAGAAUGAGAGCGACUCUUCGCUCUCCACCAAGGAGGAGAUCCACUCUUCAUCCCCCACCAAGAACGUCGCCGCCGAGCUCCUCGUCGCCAAGGCCUACAUUGCCUCGCUUGAGACCAGUCUUUCCUCCAACGACAAGUCGUCCAGCACGGAGGAGAGCGCCGCUUCGUCGCCCACCACCACCAAGAACGCAGCCGCUGAGCUUGACGCCGCGAACGCCCACAUCGCCGCGCUUGAGGCGCAGCUGGCCUUCCGCUCCCGUGUGGACACGCUCGCCCAGCAGGCACAGACCAUCGCCGGCCCCCGGGUCGCCCUCGACGCACUCCCUUCCACCCCCGAGACCCUCGCGCCCAGCCUCGCCUCAGUGGACUCGUCCAGCACCUCGCAGGAGAAGGACCGCCUCGCGAUCGAGACGCUGCGCGCGACCGAGGGCAGCAUCCUCGCCACUCUCACCCACCUCCAGGCCGCCGAGAGCCGCAUCGCCAUGGCUGAGGCCGAGCGCGACUCGCUCCGCAAGCGCAACGCCAACCUCCAGCAGGCAUACAUCGAGAGCGUGGGUGACGAGAGCAUCCUCCAGCUGGAGGUCAUCAAGAGCGACGAGCUUCUUCGCUCCAUGACGGCCAAGAAGUUGGAGCUCGAGGCCAUGUUCCUCAAGCUCGAGGCCAAGCACGCCAAGCUCGAGGAGAAGUAUACCGCCCUCUGCGAUGCCAAGCCCAAGCGACACGCCACCAUCGUGGCGCUCUUCAAGCGUCGCAAGGUCGCCGCCGAGACCGUCCCAGCGGCGCCCACCUUCCCCACCUACCCCACCAUGGUCACCAGCACGACCACGGCCACGAUCACCCUCUCCAACUCCGGCACCGACUUCUCGGAGGACGGGUAUAUGACUGCCCUGGAGGGAUACGCUACCGACGAUGUCACCAUUGGCUCUAUUGCCCCGCCCCCCUCUCCCCUCGGCUUCCUUGACCCCGACUGGCCGCUCGAGCCCAACGCUCGCUGCCACAAGCGCAAGUGGUCCACGCUCCGCCGUUGCACCAAGGGCCUCAAGCGCGUCAUCUACGUGCCUGCCCGCGUGCCCCUCAACUAAGUUUCCAAGUUUCCGCUCUCAUUUGCCGUGGUGUCGUGUCUAAAUAGUUAUGCAUUG